CAGUGGCGGCGGGGAGGCGAGCCGGAGCGCCAGCGGGGCCAGGGUCGGAGCCGAGCAGGGGUCGGGGCAGCAGCGGGGACCCUCGGAGGCGGGGCCAGUGGGACUGCGAUGGGCGUGGAGAUCGAGACCAUCUCCCCAGGAGACGGAAGGACGUUCCCCAAGAAGGGACAGACGUGUGUGGUGCACUACACAGGAAUGCUCCAAAAUGGGAAGAAAUUCGAUUCCUCCAGAGACAGAAACAAACCUUUCAAGUUCCGAAUUGGCAAACAGGAAGUCAUCAAGGGUUUUGAAGAGGGUGCCGCCCAGAUGAGCUUGGGGCAGAGGGCGAAGCUGACCUGCACCCCUGAUGUGGCGUAUGGAGCCACGGGCCACCCUGGUGUCAUCCCUCCCAAUGCCACUCUCAUCUUUGACGUGGAGCUGCUCAACUUAGAGUGAAGGCAGGAAGGAACUCGAGGUGGCUGGAGAUGGCGGCUGCUCACCCUCUUAGCCUGCUCGGCCACUGGGACGGCUCCUCCUGCUCGGGGCUCUUGAUCAGUGCGCUAACGUCACAGCCCCACAGCAUUUUCCGUGCUCUGCCCAAGUUGCUCCGUAUGUGUUCAUCAUCGUUCACGCGCAUCUUUGCUUGAGGAAACUUUGGUUGCAGAUCAAAGCAUUUCAGGUUGUGCAUUUUGCGUGAUGCAUGUCGUAGCCAUUUCUGACCACAGAAUACAGAUUUCUUGUUCGCACAAUCUACACUGCCUUACUUAAGCCAGAUACACAAGGUGCUCAGACAUGAAAUGUAUAUGGUAUACACAGAGGGACUUGAGCCAGUUACCUUUGCUGUCACUUCCUCUCUUAGAAAUUCUGUUGGCUGCUGACUUACACAAUGUCCUCUUUGGAAAUGGUAUGUAAAAUAAAGGCUAAGUGCUUAACAAA